AUGCAUGGUAGGAUUAUAUUCUACGAGAACCGGAACUUCGGGGGCCGCUCCUAUGAGUGUAGCGGCGACUGUACCGAUAUGUACUAUUACAUGAACCGCUGCUACUCCUGCAGGGUUGAGAGCGGCUGCUGGAUGGUCUACGAUCGUCCCUACUACAUGGGCAACCAGUAUUUCUUGAGAAAAGGAGAGUACAAUGACUACAUGAACAUGUGGGGCUGGGGCAUGAACAACUGGAUCAGGUCUUGCCGCAUGAUCCCUAUGUACAGAGGAUCUUACAGAAUGAGAGUUUACGAUAGGGAGAACUACAUGGGCCGGAUGAUGGAGAUGACCGAUGACUGUGACUCCUUCAUGAACCGCUACCACUGGUAUAAUGGCUGCAUGUCUUGUCACGUGAUGGACGGCCAUUGGCUCAUGUACGAGCACCCCAACUACAGAGGCAAGAUGUGGUACUUUGGGCCGGGAGAGUACAGGAGCUUCAGGGAAAUGAUGAGAAUGGGUGGCAUGAGGUUCAUGAGCAUGAGGCGCAUCAUGGACUCAUGGUAUUAA